AUGGCCACCAUCACCUGCACCCGCUUCACGGAAGAGUACCAGCUUUUCGAGGAAUUGGGAAAGGGAGCCUUCUCAGUGGUGCGCCGGUGUGUGAAGGUGCUGGCUGGCCAGGAGUAUGCUGCCAAGAUCAUCAACACCAAGAAACUAUCAGCCAGAGACCAUCAGAAGCUGGAGCGUGAAGCCCGCAUUUGCCGCCUGCUGAAGCACCCCAACAUCGUGCGGCUCCACGACAGCAUCUCGGAGGAGGGGCACCACUACCUGAUCUUCGACCUGGUCACCGGCGGGGAGCUGUUUGAGGACAUCGUGGCCCGGGAGUACUACAGUGAGGCUGAUGCCAGCCACUGCAUUCAGCAGAUCCUGGAGGCUGUGCUGCAUUGCCACCAGAUGGGGGUGGUGCACCGGGACCUGAAGCCGGAGAACCUGCUGCUGGCCUCCAAGCUCAAGGGCGCUGCGGUGAAACUGGCAGACUUUGGCCUGGCCAUAGAGGUGGAGGGGGAGCAGCAGGCAUGGUUCGGGUUUGCCGGGACGCCUGGAUACCUCUCUCCAGAAGUGCUGCGGAAGGACCCGUACGGGAAGCCCGUGGACCUGUGGGCCUGUGGAGUCAUCCUGUACAUCCUGCUCGUGGGCUACCCCCCGUUCUGGGAUGAGGACCAGCACCGCCUGUACCAGCAGAUCAAAGCCGGCGCCUAUGAUUUCCCAUCACCAGAGUGGGACACGGUCACUCCAGAAGCCAAGGAUCUCAUCAAUAAGAUGCUGACCAUCAACCCUUCCAAACGCAUCACGGCCGCCGAGGCCCUCAAGCACCCCUGGAUCUCGCACCGGUCCACCGUGGCUUCCUGCAUGCACAGACAGGAGACCGUGGACUGCCUGAAGAAGUUCAACGCCAGGAGAAAACUGAAGGGAGCCAUCCUCACCACGAUGCUGGCCACCAGGAACUUCUCUGGAGGGAAGAGUGGAGGGAACAAGAAGAAUGAUGGUGUAAAGGAAUCUUCAGAGAGCACCAACACCACCAUUGAGGACGAAGACACCAAAGUGCGGAAACAGGAAAUUAUAAAAGUGACAGAGCAGCUGAUUGAAGCCAUAAGCAAUGGAGAUUUUGAGUCCUACACGAAGAUGUGUGACCCCGGGAUGACAGCCUUCGAACCCGAGGCCCUGGGGAACCUGGUCGAGGGCCUGGACUUCCAUCGAUUCUAUUUUGAAAACCUGUGGUCCCGGAACAGCAAGCCUGUGCACACCACCAUUUUGAACCCCCACAUCCAUCUGAUGGGCGACGAGUCGGCCUGCAUCGCCUACAUCCGCAUCACUCAGUACCUGGACGCCGGCGGCAUCCCCCGCACGGCCCAGUCGGAGGAGACCCGCGUCUGGCACCGCCGGGAUGGCAAAUGGCAGAUCGUCCACUUCCAUAGAUCUGGGGCGCCCUCUGUCCUGCCCCAUUGA